AAGAGUUGGCCACCACAUCAGGAAGAUGUGGUGCAAAGUGCUCAUUCCACACAGACAGACCGCGUUUGGUGACAGAAAGGAGGAAGCGAAAAAAGGGUGAAAAGGUUUGAGAAUCCCAGCUCCCUGAGCCGGAGUAUGACAAUUCUCGUGUGCAGUUGGUUUAAUGCAGCAGCUUUAUUGAGCCUGUUGGUGCUUUCAGCAGCCUAUCUGCUCUAUCAGCUGGAAAACCCAGAUCCACAAACUCUUCCUUGUUUCAGAAUGUCACACGAUAUGGAUGCCCUCCGUCAAAGCUUUAAGAUGCUAAAUAAGUCUUGCUUUGUCCUUGGAGCGUCCGGGGAAACGGGGAAAGAGUUGCUCGAGGAGAUUAUUAAGAGCCAGCUCUUUUCCAAAAUUGUCAUCAUCGGCCGUAGAACACUUACCUUCGAGGAUGAAAUGUAUAAGAACGUGAUCCAGGAAGUUGUAGAUUUUGAGAAACUGGAUGAACAUGCAUCUGCUUUCCAAGGUCAUGACUUGGGAUUCUGUUGCCUGGGGACGACCAGAUCGAAGGCUGGUUCGGAAGGUUUUGUUCGAGUGGAUUAUGAUUACGUGUUAAAGUCAGCGAAGCUGGCAAAAGCUGGUGGAUGCACUCACUUUACCUUGCAGUCCUCCAAAGGAGCAGAUAAGAACAGUUCGGUACUGUACACAAGAAUUAAGGGUCAAAUAGAAGCAGCUGUUGAGGAGUUGGGCUUUGAUCGAUACAGCAUCUUUCGACCUGGAAUACUGAUGUGCGACAGACAAGAAUCGCGGCCAAUGGAAUGGGCGGCAAGAAAAGUCCUCGGCCCCAUAUCUUACGUAUUUCCUACUGCGAUAUCCAUCCCCACCUCAUUAGUAGGGAAGGCCAUGGUGAACAAUGUUGUGUUACCACUCGACAAAAAAGUGGAAUUAUUUGAGAAUAAGGUUGUUCACACGCUUGGCAAACUUGGGGAACAAAAGUGAAGCGGCAAGUAGUUAUUUUUUUGAUAAUUCUCCAAAGAGAUUUAUUCUUCAUCUCUAACCACCCCCCACCCCCCCACACCAACAAAAUCCUUGCAGGGAACUUGGUUCUAUUUGACAUAUCGCAGAUGAAUUGGCUAAGAUCAAGAACUCAUUGUGUUUGAAAUAUCACCUUCGAGCCUGUACGCACAGUGCCUUAGUUCUGGUAACAUUUUCUCAUUUUUAUAAUAUAGUGAUAACUUUUUUCAAAAGUCAUUGCGCAUCUUCUCUUUUAAUUAAGUUUUAAAAACACAACAUUUCUUGCAAUUAUUUUGAGGAAAGUGAGGUAUUUAUGAUUUCAAGUAUACUGUACUUUCAUAAAAUAGAUUAGGUAUUAGGGGUACAUACACGGUCACUACACUACACUUUAGGGUUAGGGUUAGAUCUUAAAUCUUGUUAAGAUUUACUGGAGUAAAGAUGGACGUGGAGACCUGUAGCUCAGUGAUUAGAGCACUCACUUUGCAAGCGAGAGACCUGGGUUCAAUUCCAGGCAGAGGGCGAAACCUUGGGCAAGUUUCCUUACUCCACACACCUAAUAAUAAUCCCUCCAAAACAAUAAUAAAUUGGUCAUUUUCAAUCCACGACUGUACAUAGGCAAUUGGCUGCCGAGUUUCACCCACAAAUAUACAUUCGAUUUACUUUACAGUGUAUUCUGUGAAGCGCUUUGAGACUUCUCGAAGACGUGAUAAGGCGCUAUAUCAACUGCAAGGAUUAUUAUUAAUGAUUAUUUAGCCCUUUUAGUCACGUCUCUGAUAUGAAUGGGGCGCUAUGUGAUUUGCACCGUAUCAAAUGUUAAAAACAAUAAAUAUUUACUUGCUGUGAAA